AUGUGCAAGUCGAGGUUUGUAGCGAAUGAGUCGUCAGGAUAUGCAUUGGAAGAGAUAUAUGAGAAGCUUGACGAGACAAAGGAAAUAUCUAAUAUUUUGGAACCAAAAGGAAACGAGGCAGAUCUAUUGGUUGAGAUCUUUGAUGAUGGGUUAUGGGAUGACUUUGAGCUUGGAGAUGAUGGGGAUAAGUCUGACCCAAUUGUCGAUGGUUGGAACAAGAUUGUUAUCGAGGACAGAGUUAAGAUUCUUUGGGACGAUCUGUACAAGAUGGAUAUCAAAACCCGAAAGAAAGAACACGAGCCUGCGAGGAUUUGUGAAGAACCUGAGAGUCCGAGGGUGUGCAAAGAAACUGAGGGUCCGAGGGUGUGCGAGGAAACAGAGGAAGGAUAUGAGAGUUUGGAAACAAGGCUGACCAAGCUAAUGAAAGAAGAGCUUAAGGUGAGGGAUGACAAAAUUGCCCAAUUGGAAGCAAGAAUUAAGAGUAUGGAAGACGACCGCAAUCCAAGGGACGGAUUUGGGAACAUGGAUGACUUUUUUGCUCAUGAUCGUUUUGACCCCGUUGGAGCCAAAGAAAAUGAUGGCGAGAAAGAGCCUGGGAAAGAAGGCGAGAAAGAGCUCGAGAAGGAAGGCGAGAAGGAAGCUGCGGAGAAGAAUGACGAGAAUGAGCCUGAGCACAUGGCAGAGAUUGACGCGGAUAAGAAGGCUACUAAGGAGGGUGAUAAUGAGCUUGAACUGAUGGCAGCAGAUGCCGAGAAGCUUGAGAAGGAAGCUGCGGAGAAGGAAGCUGCAGAAAAAGCUGCGGAGAAAGUGAAUGAAGAUGCUGAAGAUCAUUCACCCGAGGAUGGAGAGCCCUUGACGAGGCCGAAGAGGUUGGCAAAGCCUUCUCGUGCACAUCAGUCUCCAUAUGUCCCAAAAUAA